AUGUCGAACUUCUCCAGACGACCAAACAAGGAGCAGCGCACGGCUCUAGCUCAGCAGACGCUUGCGCUCACAACGCGGAUCAUCAACACUACCAAUGCCACCAGAGAAGCGGAUCUAUACUCCACACUUCUACCCCGAAUUACCCCAGAUCCAAAUGGAACAAGACCAAGAGUUACAGUUCAAAACAGUGACAGCUUCACAGCUGCCCGUCUCAUUCUGGAAACCAACCCGACCGCAAAAAUUGGCGUUUUGAAUAUGGCUAGCGAGCGGCAUCCCGGAGGUGGAUGGCUUCGUGGAGCACUCGCGCAAGAAGAGGCUCUGUGUUUUCGCAGCACACUGGCUGCAACUCUGCAUAGGCAAUACUAUCCGUUACCGGUUUUCGGAACUAUUUGGUCGCCAAACGUCACUAUAUUCAAGGAUGAGGUGGAUACCUGGUUUCGGGUUUACCAACCGGCUGAGAUGUUUACUGUUGGAGUUGUCAGUCUGGCAGCUCUGAGAAGGCCCCUUCUUACACGCGAUAAGAAAAAUUACGCCCGUCCACAAGAUCUUCGAACCGUCAAGGAUAAAAUCAGACAGGUGUUCCGCGUUCUCGCAGUCAAUGGGACCACGUACUGUGUGAUGGGGGCUAUGGGAUGUGGUGCAUUCCAAAAUCCUCCAGUCGUGGUCGCUCAGUGUUUUAAAGAUGUGCUCGCGGAAGGAGAGUUUAAUGGCGCAUUUGAAGAAAUCAUAUUCGCAGUUUUGGAUAGCAGAGCGGAAGGAAACUUCGAGAUAUUCCGCGAUGUCUUAGAGACAGCCUGA